AUGAUAUCGAUCCCGCUGCUCGCGCUGUGGCGCGGGCUCAACCAAGCGGAGGAGGACGCGGAGGCGGGGGGCACUGAGGGCCGCGCCGACGGCGGCGGCGACACCGGCGGCGAGGGUGCGGCGGACGCGCAGCGGCAGCACCCGUUCCUCGUCGCGCUGCACUCGCUGCAGCAGCACCAGUGGCGGCAGCAGCCCGCGCGGGAGGCGCAGGAAAGCGGGGGCGAGGCGUCCGCGGCGCCGGGCGGGGCGAGGCUGGUGGGGAUAGUGUGA